AUGAAGGAUAAGAGGAAUAAGGAAAAAUCAAAUUAUUAUAGCCCUUGGAACAACUUGGAGGUUGGUGGACUGGGCGGCGUCGGCGGUAGUCUGAGCUUUGGCGGCAAUGGCAUACCGAUGAACAUGGCAACUGCCCAGCAGCAGCAGUCACAGACAACGACGACGACCACAUCGCAGUCGCUGACGUCACUGUCGUCGACAUUCCCCAUCGUCAUCACGUCGACCCUGUCACCACCCGUGCCAGCCAACUCGCUGCAGUCGCCGUCGGGCGCCCCCGCGCCCCUGACGAGCGCGCACCAGAGCUACAACGGCACGAUCAAGAAGAAGAAUAUGGCAACGUCACCGUCGUCGCCCACAUUCAGCUCGCUGUCAAACAAGAUCAUCACACUGUUUGCGCCGUCGUCAGGUGCGCACGGCACUCCCAACAGCAACCCCUCGUCACCGCGCAGCAUUGGCAAGUCGCUCAAGAACUUGGUUCACCAUCACAGCAGUCAGUCGCAGCAGAAUAUGCAGCAGGGUUCAAUGCAGUAUCUCCCGCCCCUGUCCGAGGGCGAUCUCGACAUUCUCAACCAGAUGAAGCAGCUGCAUCUCUCGCUACUCGAGCCCGAGGUGCACUUUGACUUCUUUGGCCUGCCGACCGAGAUCCGCAUGCACGUGCUUACAUUCACCGACGCCACCGAUCUGGCCCGCUCAUCCUCCGUGUCACGCGUGUGGCGGGAGAUGGUCAACGACGAACGACUCUGGUUCACCUACAGCAAGCGUGUCUUUGGUGAUAGUGUCAAGACUGAUCCAACAUGGAGGACGGUGGUUACAAACAAUCUUAUCAAGCUGCGCGAGUUUGAGAAGGACUCAGACCUGGAACCAAAGUUGUUGUGGGCAUGCGAGAAUGGUCAUGACCAAUUGUUGCAGCGUGCAUUCGAUCACAAGAGGAUAACCUGUGCAAGUGGACCAUCAUGUCAGUGUCCAUCAUGUGCCAGACCAUCCUACCUCAGCCUCAAUGAGCCCAGUCAAUCAGUAGUCUCUGCAAACUUGAACAGUAGCAGUAUCUACAACAAUCAUCUCAACAACAACAAUAACCACAACAACAAUAACAACAACAAUAAUAAUAAUAAUAACAACAACAACAAUAAUAAUCGUUCGAAUCAUCAAGAUAAUGACAAUAGAGAGAUUGAUGUCGACUUGGAGAUGGAGGACAUUGAUGUAGCCGCACCCACUUCACCAUCAGGUGGAAACAGCCCAAAGAUCAACGAUACAACAGGCAUCACACCAAAGAAGCGCAACAAGUUCCUGCUCAAGGCAUCGUACAAGGGACACCGUGCAGUGGUCGAGUGCCUGCUCAAGAAUGGUGCAGAGGUCGAUGCAAUCACGAGGAGUGGCUUCACCGCGCUGCACAUGGCCUGUGGCAAGGGUCACGCAGACGUUGCCGAGUGUCUGCUGCAGUACAACGCCAAGAUCGAGUUCAAGAACCGCAACGGAUCCACACCACUUCACACGUCUGCUCAAAAGGGACACGUGGCUGUCGUUGAGCUGCUCAUACAGCAUGGCGCAUCCAUCGAGGCCACCAACAGCAAUGGAGUCACGCCACUCAACUCUGCCGCACACAAUGGUCACACCGUCGUAGUCGAGUGUCUAUUGUUGCUUGGUGCCAACAUGGAAGCGACCAACAAGAAUGGUAUCACUCCCUUGUAUUCAGCUGCACAUAGAGGACAUUUCAAAGUUGUAGAAUGCCUGUUAAAGUAUCAUGCUAAUAUAGAGGGAACAACAAAGAAUCAUGGAGCGACACCGUUGUAUAUAUCGGCACAGGAGGGAUACACAGACAUUGUCAGUUUGUUGUUGGAGCACAAUGCCAACGUCGAAGCAAAGAUUCGUUCGGGCAUGAGAAGUGGAGCCACGCCACUGUACACGGCCAGCCACCGAGGCCACAUGCGAAUUGUUGAGAUGUUGCUCCAACGAAACGCCAACACACAGGUCACCGAUCGCAAUGGCUAUACACCACUGCACAAGGCAGCUGCUGAAGGAUUCUCUGAGGUGAUUGAUUGUCUGAUCAAGUAUGGAGCAGACCUUCGCGCCAAGUCCCGAGACAACACAACACCAAUGGAUGUGGCACACAAGAAUGUCAAGAAGCAGCUCAAGAUGUACUUGGCCAAUCUUGAACCCAACCAUCAUCACCAUCAUCACAGUGGACCCGAUUGUUCGUUGAUGUAA